AUGGAGGUAGGAAAUGUAAAAUUUCUGGAUUCUCUCAAUUAUUUUCCUAUGCCUCUAACUGCUCUACCCAAGGCGUUUGAUUUGAAAGAGCUAAAGAAAGGAUACUUUCCACAUUUAUUCAACACUUUGGCUCAUCAGAAUUAUGUAGGGCCAAUUCCAGCGCUCGACUUCUACGAUCCCGACCAUUUAAAGGAAGACGCUCGGGAAAAAUUAUUAAAAUGGCAUGGCGAAAGACAAGCGGAGGGAUACGUUUUUGAUUUUCAGAAAGAAAUCGUUGAAUACUGUAUCUCCGAUGUGGAAAUAUUGACACAGGCGUGUCUCAAAUUUCGAGACCUGAUGAAAACCGAAACCACAGUCGAUCCCUUCCAGGAAAGCACCACUAUUGCAUCAUGCUGUAACAAAGUCUUUAGACGCAAUUUUUUAAAACCUGAGACGAUCGGGGUAAUUCCAAAAGGGGGCUAUAGAUGGCGUGAAAAUCAGUCAAAAAUUGCCAUCCAAUGGCUGUUGUGGGAGGAACAUCAAAGAAGAAUCAAAAUUCAACACGCCGCUAAGGGUAUAGAAACCAUUGUUAAGGGACAUAAAGUAGACGAGAAGACUAGUCUGUACCCGAAUGUAAUUAUGAGAGGAACAAAAUUAAUAUUGAUGGAGGUAGGAAAUGUAAAAUUUCUGGAUUCUCUCAAUUAUUUUCCUAUGCCUCUAACUGCUCUACCCAAGGCGUUUGAUUUGAAAGAGCUAAAGAAAGGAUACUUUCCACAUUUAUUCAACACUUUGGCUCAUCAGAAUUAUGUAGGGCCAAUUCCAGCGCUCGACUUCUACGAUCCCGACCAUUUAAAGGAAGACGCUCGGGAAAAAUUAUUAAAAUGGCAUGGCGAAAGACAAGCGGAGGGAUACGUUUUUGAUUUUCAGAAAGAAAUCGUUGAAUACUGUAUCUCCGAUGUGGAAAUAUUGACACAGGCGUGUCUCAAAUUUCGAGACCUGAUGAAAACCGAAACCACAGUCGAUCCCUUCCAGGAAAGCACCACUAUUGCAUCAUGCUGUAACAAAGUCUUUAGACGCAAUUUUUUAAAACCUGAGACGAUCGGGGUAAUUCCAAAAGGGGGCUAUAGAUGGCGUGAAAAUCAGUCAAAAAUUGCCAUCCAAUGGCUGUUGUGGGAGGAACAUCAAAGAAGAAUCAAAAUUCAACACGCCGCUAAGGGUAUAGAAACCAUUGUUAAGGGACAUAAAGUAGACGCCUCUCUGUCGCAGAUGUCAGGACUUAUUAAAUGCCAGAUUCUACCGAACCAGAACUUAUAUCACCCCGUUUUACCGUCAAAAAUGAACAACAAAUUGAUGUUUGUUAACUGUCAAAAAUGUGGUGAAGAUUUCGUUCGAGAAGAGUGUCAGCAUUCUAUUCAAGAAAGAAGCCUAAAAGGAACUUGGGUGAUAGAAGAGGUGCUCAAAGCUAUUGAAAAAGGUUACCAGAUUAUAGAGACUUACGAAAUAUGGGAAUACGAUACAAUUCAGCUCAGUAAAGACCAAGAGGGGUUAUUUAGCGGAAUGAUGAACAAGUUUCUACAAAUAAAACAACAAGCUUCAGGAUGGCCCAAACAUUGCUUAACGGAUGAAGAAAAAAACCGUUAUAUUGAUGCAUUUUUGGAUAGAGAAGACAUAAAGCUGGAAUUUUCAAAAAUUAUAGAGAACCCCUGUUUGAGAUCGUUAGCUAAACUUAUGCUGAAUUCCUUUUGGGGUAAAUUUGCUCAAAAAGAAAACCAAAACAAAACCUCAAUAGUCAGAGACUGUGGUGAAUUCUUUGAUAUGCUGACUAAUCCUUCUAUUCAUGUAAAUACAGUUCUCCCGGUAAACGAAGAAACCCUUCUCAUAACUUGGGAAUUUAGAGAAGAGGCCUAUGACGUUUCUUCAACGGUUAACGUUGUAUUGGCUUCAUAUGUCACGGCCCUAGCUAGACUAAAAUUAUAUUCAUUCUUGGAGAAAGUGGAAGAAAGGGCAGUUUACGUAGAUACAGAUUCAUGUAUUUAUAUCUCUCGUAAGGGAUUAGACGACAUAUCUACAGGCGACUUCAUAGGUGAUAUGACCGAUGAGCUCAAUGGGGGUUUCAUAUCAGAGUUUGUUUCUGGAGGACCUAAGAACUACGCCUACAAAUAUACUACUUUGUCUGGAGAGGAACAGAUCGUAUGUAAAGUAAAAGGCAUAUCACUCAACUACAAGGCAUCCCAAGUAGUCAAUUUUGAGAAAAUAAAAGACAUGGUGCUGAAGAAAUCUGAUCCUGUUUCUGUACUUUCUCGACAGCUACGACGUACAAGAGAGCAUGCAGUAGUAACAGUCGAGUUUCCUAAGGUAUACAAGAUAACUUCAAUGAAAAGGAAAUUCUAUGAAGAUCAUACCUCUGUACCAUUUGGAUUUAAGAAAAUAAAGUAUUGA